GUAAGAGUAGCAGGCAGACAUUAGUCUGUGGAAAGUUUCCCCUGGAGAUGCGGAACAGCUUUCAGGAUUUGAAGUUGGUGAUUGGGUACGUUCAAAACCUAACCUUGGCACUAGGCCAAGUUAUGACUGGAACAGUAUUGGGAGACAGAGCUUAGCAGUUGUGCAUGGUAUUUAGGAGACUGGUUAUUUAGAACUAGCUUGCUGUUUCCGAAAAGGGAGAUGGAUUACUAACUACUCAGAUGUUGAAAAGGUUCCAUGCUUCAAAGUUGGACAACAUGUUCGGUUUCGCGAUGGGUUGGUUGUGCCAAGGUGGGGAUGGAGAGGGGUCAAGCCUGAUUCACGAGGCAUUAUUAUCAGUGUCCAUGUAGAUGGAGAAGUAAGAAUUGCUCUCUUUGGUUUGCCAGGAUUGUGGAGAGGAGACCCGGCUGAUCUUGAAAUAGAAGAAUUGUUUGAAUUGGGAGAGUGGGUGAGAUUGAACGAAAAUGCCAGUAACUGGAAAUCCAUUAGGCCUGGUUGUGUUGGUGUAGUACAAGGAUUAGGAUAUGAAGGAGAUGAAUGGGAUGGAAGCACCUUUGUUGCAUUUUGUGGGGAGCAGGAAAAGUGGGUGGGGCCUACAUCCCAUCUUCAAAGAGCGAACAGACUUACAGUAGGGCAGAAGAUCAAAAGGUUAAACUGUCUGUGAAGCAGCCAAGAUUCGGGUGGUCAGGUCACAGCCAUGGAAGCCUUGGAACAAUAACAACAAUUGAUGCUGAUCGAAAACUGAGAAUAUACACUCCAGUAGGCUCCAAAACUUGGAUGCUUCACCCAUCAGAAGUAGAGCUAGUCGAGGAAGAAAAGCUUUGCAUUGGAGACUGGGUUAGGGUAAGGUCAUCAAUUACAACACCAAGUCACCACUGGGGAGAGGUGACUCAUUCAAGCAUUGGGGUGAUUCACAGAAUGGAUAAUGGAGACAUGGGCGGUAUUCUGCUUCAUGAAGAGGCUAUGGCUUUGCAAAGCUUCGGAGCUUGAACGAACUAGGCCAUUCAAAGUGGGGGAUCGACAAGGUUAGGAUUAGAGAAGGGUUGGUGACGCCAAGGUGGGGCUAGGGAAUGGAGACUCAGGUGAGCGAAGGGCAUGGAGUUGGCGUAGACGCAAAUGGAAAGCUACGGGUUAUAUUUCAAUGGAGGGAAGGGAGAGCCUGGAUUGGAGAUCCUGCUGAUAUUGUACUCGAUGAAAGCCCACCCAGCACAACAUGCACUUGAUCAAAUCCUUGCCUUCCAUUCGGAUUUCAUUUUCAGCUGAUUCCUAGAGCUCUAAUCUUUUGGCUGGGAAGCUGGAUGGUUAAGCUCCACUGCAUUCUGAAGAUAGACUUGCUCCAAACAUAUCUUCAUAGUCAGCGGUGGGUGAUUGUCGAUUCAGGAUUAUUUACCGUUAAUAAACAAGAGUACAGAGAGAUGGAUAUCAGAGCAUGAAAUUGGUUUGUCUCACUGUUAAUCAUUGGAAAAUACAAGAGCACGAGCAGCCAACUGGUCAUAAAUACAUAUAUAGUUGAUAAAUUUAGGUAAAGUUU